AAAAGGAACAGACAUCAGCAGCGGUCAAGGCCAGUGGUCAAAACACAAGUACCGUUGGAUGUCAUUUGACCUUCAUAACAAUUCCAUUCAGUACCGUUUCUAUGUCAAUAAUUUUCACUUUUUGGUUUAAUGGAUGAUGUAACCGCUCAAAUUGUCGGCUGCAAACUUUGAAAAGUGUGCCCAAAAAUGAUAACCGUUUGAUUCAUCGAAUCGAAAACAAAUAGCAACAAAAAACUGCAACGCUAUUACGUAUAAAGGUACCCGAUUCCGAUGGAGGGUGGACGCAUUAUGCUUGUGGCUCACGUACAAAUUUAUAAUGUAAGUUAUAUUUUUUUCUGUUGCAUCGACGCGUCACCAAUCAUGUACUGCCAUUUUUGGACAUAUAUUUAAAUAUAAUUAAAACGACGAAGAGCGGGGCAGGGAUUUUGAGUCCCUUUAUAAGUGUGGUUAAACCUUCCCAGUGAUAUCAAAGUAGUUUCAAACACUCCAGUGUACAUUAGUAGUUUUAUCCCUCUAGUGCAGCAGCAAGUGUACCGUACCGAGUUUAGAAUGGCCGCCCUCAAGAUCGUUUUGGUUACCGUUUGCGUGUUCGGAGUCAGCCAGGCCGGAGUGCUUUUGCCGGGAGCUCGAUUGGCCGCUGCCCCACUUGCAGCAGCAGCAGUUCCCGUCAUCAACACCAGCUACGAUCCUCUGCCACAGUAUACCUACGCGUACAACGUUCAAGAUGCCCUUACCGGCGAUCAUAAGAGCCAGCAAGAAACGAGAGACGGCGAUGUUGUGAAAGGCUCCUACUCGCUGGUUGAACCGGACGGCACUGUGCGCACCGUGAUCUACACUGCGGACCCGAUCAACGGUUUCAACGCAAUCGUCCAGCGCGGCCCUCUGGUACACAAGGCUGUGGUGCCCGUGGCCGCGGCCCCAGCUGCCGUUGUCGCACCAGUUACUAGAGUAUUUGGUUAGGUUUAGUUAGACUGUUUUUUUUCUUGUUACUACUCACUCUUCCGAGAUAGACUGAUUCAAACCAACCAAUGUUAACUGUACACUGUAGUCGUUAAAUAAAUCAAUGUUUACCUAAAUGAAACAAAAGA